AUGUAAGAAGAAUUACUAAGAUCUGAUUAAUAGAAUUCAAAAUCUUGUUUCCCUAUUAAAUAAGAAAGAUAAAUGUAAUAGUAGACUGAAUAAGAAGAUCAAACUAAAGAUCUUUUUAAAAUGAUCGAUUAAGGAAUGGUAUAUUAUAAAAAUGGACAAUAUACAUUUGCAAAGGUUGUCUUAUUCAGAAGUUCUAGCACUCUCCUUUCAUAAAUAAAAUAGAACAGUAAGAAAUAUUUAAUUUAAAAAGAAAUUUCUGAAUAGGUGAAACCAAUGGCUUUGGAAAAAUUAUAAGAUGGAGUUAGACUUGCUGAAUACUGUAAUAAAUAAAUCACUUAGAAAUAACAAUAAAUUGUUAAAUUUUUUCUUUACCUUAAUUUAGGCUUAAAAAGACCCAUAUUGCCAACAAAUAAUUGAGACUUCCAUGAUUAGAAAAAUCGAUAUCAGUUUUGAAGAGAUAAUUGGUUUAGAACACAUAAAAAAUCAACUUGAAGAGACAAUAAUUUUACCAAAUUUAAGACCAGAUAUAUAUACAGGUAUUAGAGCUCCUCCAAAAGGUUAAUUUUUUAAAUUAUAAAAGGUAUUCUUUUUUAUGGGCCUCCUGGAAAUGGAAAGACUUUACUUGCAAAAGCUGUAGCUAAUUAGAUUAAAUGUUGCUUUUUCAACAUAAGUGCUUCAACAUUAGUAUAAAAGCAUAUAGGUGAAGGAGAAAAGUUAAUGAAAGCUUUAUUUGAUGUUGCCUUUUAAUUAUAGCCUUCUGUAAUUUUUAUAGAUGAAAUUGAUUCAAUACUUUCAAAAAGAUCUCAAAAUGAACAUGAAGCAAGUAGAAGAUUAAAAACAGAAUUUUUAAUAUCUUUUGAUGGAAUUCAAUCAUCAGAUUAAGAUAGGGUAUUUUUGAUUGCUGCAACAAAUCGACCCUAAGAUAUAGAUGAUGCAGUCCUAAGAAGAUUUGUAAUUAGAAUUUUUUAUUUAAGACUGUAAAAAUAUUGAUAGAUUAACCAGAAUACAAAGCAAGAGUAGAAAUGGUUAAAUCUCUUAUGAGUAAAGUAAAGAAUAAUUUAACAGAUUAAUAAUUACAAUAGAUUGCAGAGAAACUUAAGGGUAUAAACUAUUUCUAAUUUAAUUAGGAUAUUCUGCAAGUGAUAUCAAAGCAGUUGUUAAGGAAGCUUGUAUGACACCAUUAAGAGCAGAUCGAUCUAUUAUUUUUUCAAUUCAUAGUCAGGAUAUUAAGGCAGUUUCGAAAGAUGACUUUGAUUUAGCCAUUGAAAAAGUGAAACCUACUUUAUCAUAAUAAUAAUAUGAAGAAUACGUUAAAAACUUUAAAUGA